GAAAAGUUUCAUUCAAGUCAGUUUUUUUUUUAAUUUUAUAGCUAGAUGUGAAGUGAUUGUGAGUUGAAUGGUUGCGAGUUUGACAAGCAAAUUAGGAAGAUUUGAGUUCGAUCUCCAUGUGAUGAAAUACUUUUCUGCAAAAAUGUCGUCAUCGGACAGUCAGUCAGUCAUCAGCGAUCAACCGGAGAGAAUGAAGCACCCACUGCGAGACGAGUGGAGCUUCUGGUUGUUGCUGGGCGACAAGCAGAAUUGGGAGGAUAAUCUGGUGGAACUGAGCAAUUUUAACACCGUCGAAGAUUAUUGGUGCCUCUACCACCACAUGAAGGUGCCUUCAGAGCUAAGGUUGGGCCAGGACUACAUGAUCUUCAAGAAGGGCAUCCAGCCAAUGUGGGAGGAUCCUCAGAACAAGAAAGGGGGCCGUUGGUUGAUUAUGCUUGAUCGACUGACGAAUGCACAAAUGGACGCCAUCUGGGCAGACACGGUGUUAAUCCUAAUCGGAGCUACCUUGAUGUGCACGGACGAUAUAAGUGGAGUGGUCGUCAAUGUCAGAGAUAAGAAUAAAAUCUCUGUCUGGAUGAAGACUAACGAUCCUGAGUCAGUUCUUGAGGUGGGUAGGAAACUGAGAAAGCAGUUUAAGAUACCUUACAAGUUCAAUUAUUAUAAGCACAAUACUGGUAAGGCUAUGUACUCUAUGUAACUUAAAAUAUGAAUAGAUAUAACGUACUAUGUUUAUAUGUUACUAUGUCAUAGUAGAUAGUGUAUGAAAAUUAAAAAUUGAAUUAGUCUGUCAGUUAGAUAACUAAAAAAUAUUAAUAUCAUUAGAACUAAAAACGGGAUAUUUACCAUAUUUAUUCGUUUUUGUUAUUAUACAACAGUGCCGAAAUAUCUACUAGUGACCAUGUCAGUAUAAAAAUGUUAGAUACGUACUUUUUUAUUUUGUCAUAUAAGGUUACAAUACUUAGAUAUACGAAGUUAUGUUUAGGAGCAGGAGGUCGUUACGUCACGUUACCAUAUAAAAUAUAGUAAAUGACGUGACACAAUAUUCCAAAUCAAUGUACGAAAGUAUUUAAUGUUGUAAGAACAGAAAAAAUGCGUGGCUAAUGUUUUUUUUUUUUUUUUUUAUGAAACAAGCCGGUAAUCGAGCAGACAUAUUACCUGAUGGUAAGCAAUCGCCGCCGCCCAUGGACACUUGAAACACCAGAGGCGUUACAAGUGCGUUACCGGCUUUUUGGGAGUUAGGAAUUUAAGGGUUGUUGUUCGGGAAUCGGGGAUGGGGAAGAUUGGGGCUCCGGUAACCUCACUCACACAACGAAACACAACGCAAGCGUUGUUUCACGUCGGUUUUCUGUGAGGCCGUGGUAUCACUCCGGUCGAGCCGGCCCAUUCGUGCCGAAGCAUGGCUCUCCCACACUUAAAAAUAUAACACCAGACGGACAUUAAAAACAAAUUAGAUACUACCCUAUUGCAUUUGAAUCACGUAUUACAGUUGCGUAAUUCUGGCUUAUAAAUUCGAUUUUUAUUUUACUAUAUUUUAUUUUAAUACAUAUAUAUAAUACAUAAUACAAGAAAUGAAUAGACAAAUCAGUCUGGUUUUAUUAAAAAAAACACAUAAUUGUGGUUUUUAAUCUUAGAAUUGCUUAAGUUCAACUGUUGUAGAUACUCAGAGACAUUUAAUAAAUACUUAAACUGUUAUUACUUAGAAACAAUUAUGAAAACAUUUCCUACGUUCUAGGUAAAGUAAACAUUAAAUAACUCUGAGUAAGGCUAUUUGUGUUUUUAGUUUCUUUUUUUACUACUGAUUUCAAUUUUAAUAGCAUUUUACAAGUGAUGUUUGUAUUUAUAUGUUAGGUAAUUUGACUGGUACAUAUAUUAUAUUAGAUUAAAGUUUUAAAUAUUUUACGUCCGUUGUAUAAUUGUAUACCUAAUCUGUGUUACUAAGUAGGUAUAAGUACUCAAAAAUAUUUGUUAUUUAGCCGUCUAACCGCCUCGUAGAAUAAUCUCAAUUGCGUUAUAUAGGGUGACUGAUAAUUAGUGAACGAUAUUUAAACACGUGAUUGUACUCAUGAUUACAAACAACUUUCCCGUAGAAACUUUUUUUUGUAUACUCAUUAGUUUUAUUUUUAUUACAAUAAAAAAACAACAAAAUUUCGCGCGCGCGAGCUUUCACUAAUUACCAGUCACCCUAUAUCUUAAUGAUAGAUAAUGACGAAUGGGCCACUCAUGAGUUGCUUACGAUACAAGCAUUCUUUUGGUCUAUCCCCUCUAGAUAAUUACAUUCAAUUUCUUUUCGAACGAGUGAAUAGAAAAAUUCAAUGUUUGAUGUAGUUUAUCGAAUGUCAAUUUCAACUAUUCGUACGAGGUAAUAGAAAAUUAUAUGUAUAGAGUUGAAAUGCCAUUUAUGUAUGGGGGUAGAGCACGCUUUAAGCAUUAUGUUUUGUGAUAAAUAUGCGGUUUUUUAAUGAAUACUUACAAAAUGUCAUCAAUACCUUUAGUAUGAAUUUGCAUCAACCAAUCAGAGCGCGUUCGGCGCUCUGAUUGGUUGAUUCAUUCGAGCCGGCCAAUCGGAGCCCCGAACGCGUUCUCGUUUCGAUUACGUUAAACGUAAAGCAAACACGUACUAAGGGCACUGAUACCUACAGGGCUUUGAGUACUUGAGAAGUACAUUAUUAUGUAACGUAUUUCUGUGAUAAUAUAAUAUUUGUACUUACUUGUAUAUCUAAGUGAUAACAUGAAUAAAUAUUAUUUAGUCAAAAUGUUU